CUCGGUUAGGUUUAAAAUCGAAGAAGAAGAACGGGGAAGUCGCUAGCUCGUCGCCCAACCGGCAGAGUGCAAACACGAAUCGUUUCUCCUCAUUUCCUUUCCGUUCCUUUGCCAAAACGUCGUACGCGAUGAGAGGGGACCGCGGCAGGGGUCGAGGAGGCCGCUUUGGGUCCCGUGGGGGAAUGGCUCAGGGGUAUCGUCCGUUUAUUCCACACAUCCCUUUUGAUUUUUACGUGUGUGAGAUGGCCUUCCCCAGAGUGAAGCCCGCACCCGACGAGAGCGCGUUCAGCGACUGUCUGCUGAAGAGAAAUCAAGACCUGAGCCCAACACCUACAGAGCAGUCUUCCAUCUUGUCACUGGUCACAAAGAUCAACAAUGUCAUUGAUAAUCUGAUUGUUGCCCCUGGUAAUUUUGAAGUGCAAAUUGAGGAGGUGCGUCAGGUGGGCUCAUACAAGAAGGGUACCAUGACAACCGGCCACAAUGUUGCCGACCUUGUCGUUAUCCUCAAGAUUCUUCCCACACUGGAGGCUGUUGCAUCGCUGGGCAACAAAGUAGUGGAGACUCUUCGAACCCAGGACCCAAGUGAAGUGCUGUCCAUGCUGACCAACGAGACGGGCUUUGAGAUCAGCUCAGCGGACGCUACUGUCAAGAUUCUCAUCACCACUGUCCCUCCCAACCUGCGCAAACUGGACCCCGAGUUACAUUUGGACAUCAAGGUACUGCAGAGCGCUCUGGCAGCCAUUCGCCACGCCCGCUGGUUUGAGGAAAACGCUUCUCAAUCCACGGUUAAAGUGUUGAUCCGCCUCCUGAAGGACCUCAGGCUGCGCUUCUCUGGCUUUGAGCCUCUCAACCCUUGGAUUUUGGACUUACUGGGUCACUCAGCGGUGAUGAACAAUCCAUCCAGGCAGCCUUUGUCUCUAAAUGUGGCCUACAGGCGCUGCCUGCAGAUGGUGGCCGCGGGUCUCUUCCUGCCCGGCUCGGUGGGCAUCACCGACCCUUGUGAGAGCGGAAACUUCCGAGUGCACACGGUCAUGACUCUGGAACAGCAGGACAUGGUGUGCUUCACAGCUCAGACACUGGUGAGGGUCCUGUCACACGGAGGUUUCAGGAAGAUCCUCGGCCUGGACGGAGAUGCAAGCUAUCUGGCGACCGAGAUGUCCACUUGGGACGGUGUGAUAGUGACCCCUUCCGAAAAGGCCUAUGAGAAGCCCCCUGAGAAGAAGGAGGAAGAAGAUGAAACUCUGGAGGAGGGAGGGGAUGGAGAUGACGACAGCAUGGAAACCCAGGAAUGACCGAGUUCAUCGUUGGACCCUUUGAAGACAGGAUUCCACAUUCACAAUGCUUUUAAGAAAAAACGAUUGGCCACAAUAAUGAUUUUUUUUCUCAUGAUUUAAUUGAAGCUGUUGCUUUGAAUUAAACUCUUUUUUUUUUUAA